UGGUAUGAGCCGAAACCUUUCCGGUUUGUACGACAACAAUUUCCACAUGGGUAACAUCAUAUAGAAAUGUUCGUAUUUUGAGGCCGUAACAGUUUAUAUAACAUCGUACAUAGAUAGGGAUCUCGGGACACUAACAGGAAACCUAAUCUCAGCAUGGGUAAGAAGAAAGCUGGAGGAGGUGGUGCGGGACUCGGCCGCGCGCUGAUUAAGGAGAGACUAAACGCAGGCCGAGGCAACAAGAGGGGCGAUUCGUGGCUCCACACAUGUGAAUUGAACGAUGGCUACGACUGGGGUCGACUGAACUUGCAGUCGGUAACGGAGCAGAGUUCCAUGGAUGAUUUCCUCGCCACGGCAGAACUUGCGGGGACAGAGUUCGUUGCAGAAAAGCUCAACAUCAAGUUCGUGCCAGCGGAAGCGCGUGCUGGCCUGCUGACCGCUGAGGAGGCUAGUCAGCUGAAGAAGCUACACGAGGAAAACUGGCAGCUUCUCCGGAUACCGCGGCGACCCCGCUGGGACGAGAGCACCAGCCCAGAGGUGCUUCAGCAGGCAGAAAGAGACAGCUUCCUGGAAUGGAGGCGUAAGCUGGCACUGCUGGAAGAGGAGCAGAAGAUGAUUCUCACGCCGUUUGAGAGGAACCUGGAUUUCUGGAGGCAGCUGUGGAGAGUUAUUGAGAGGAGCGAUGUGGUCGUCCAGAUCGUCGACGCCAGAAACCCCUUGUUGUUUCGGUGCCCAGACCUGGAGCGCUACGUGAAGGAGGUUUCUCCAGACAAGGUGAACAUGCUGCUGGUGAACAAGGCCGACCUUCUGACCAGGGAGCAGAGGCGGGCCUGGGCGGCCCACUUCCAGAGGGACGGCGUGCGCGCCGUCUUCUGGUCCGCCCUGGCGGAGAACGAGCGGCUGGAGGCCGAGGAGAAGGGCGUAGAGCAGCAGGAGGAGGAGGAGGAGGAGGAGGAGACCACAAGCGAAGACGAGGAUCAUCCCGACAUGAAAGAUAUCAGCAGGAGAGAAGAAGACGAGGAGGAAGAGGAGGACUGCGCCAUGGAGGAGGGACGGCAGAGAAGAGUGCAGUUCAAAGGGCGCGUGGAGGAAGAAGAGCAGGAGACGUCCUCGGAGGAGGAGGAGGGGGGAAAGGGGGACUCUUCACACGCCUCCGGCUUCCACAACUCCAGUCGUCUGCUGCAGAAGGAAGAACUUAUGGCGGUGUUCAGAGCUGCCCACUCUGGCCCCACCUGUAGGGAAGGAGAACUCACUGUUGGCUUGGUGGGCUAUCCAAACGUGGGCAAGAGUUCCACCAUCAACACAAUCUUCCGAAACAAGAAGGUGUCCGUCUCGGCCACCCCAGGACACACCAAGCACUUCCAGACGCUGUACGUGGAGCCCGACCUGUGUCUGUGUGACUGCCCCGGACUGGUCAUGCCCUCCUUCGUGUCCACCAAAGCUGAGAUGAUCUGCUGUGGGAUUCUGUCCAUAGACCAGAUGAGAGACCACGUGCCGGCCAUUUCACUCGUGUGUCAGACUAUUCCUCGGGCAGUGUUGGAGGGCACCUACGGCAUCAACAUCAUCCGCCCGCGAGAAGACGAAGACCCCGACCGGCCGCCCACCUUCGAGGAGCUGCUCAUGGCCUACGGAUACAUGAGAGGCUUCAUGACCACACAUGGUCAGCCAGACCAGUCCAGAUCCGCCCGCUACAUCCUGAAGGAUUACGUCAACGGGAAGCUGCUGUACUGCCACCCCCCUCCGCACAUCAAAGCAGAGGACUUCCAGUACCAGCAUGGCGCCUUCCUGCCGGGCCUGGCCGACCCGGCCGUCUCCGGCACGGACGGCGGCACACACCGCGUCAGGAGGAUCGAGAACCCAGUCGACAAGAACUUCUUCCAUCAGGAGAACGUGCGAGCGCUCACCAAAGGGGUCCAGUCCUUCAUGGGCUACAAGCCCGGCAGCGGGCCCAUCGGCUCGGGAAAGCCCGGCUCCGACGCGGCCCUCCUGGGCAAGCCCUGGAAGAAGCACGGAAACAGGAACAAGAAGGAGAAAGUACGUCGACUCACCAAGCACCUGGACGCCUGAUCAGGGUCGCCCCUGCUUUUUAUAAAUAUCCCAAACCUGGUGGAGUGGAACGUGUGUUAUUCCCAGAGAUCCACCGAGUCUAAGGAUGCCACUUCCUGUUUCCCUAGCGGAGAUGGGUGGAGCUAAGCAGGCUGUUUGAGGACAACUUCCUCCAACCGUGCAGAACAUGCCUCUGUACCAGGCCACCACUGCAGAUGCUCUCUGUGGUCUAAACUCAUCUGAAUUAGGAAUUAUUGUAAUUAUUUAGGGUUUCUACUAUAUUAUUUUGGAAACUAUAACAUUGUACAUGCACAUGAUGAAUGCUUUGAUUCCGGUUCAUGAGUAAUGCCUUAAACAUAGUUCCAACAGUUCCAUAAAUAAAUCAUAUAUUUCA